AUGGCCCGGAUCAGGUAUGGGCUACCCGACUCCAUGGCCAUCUUGUCAGAGAUGGGAGAAGUCACAGAAGGGAUGAUGGAUUCAAAGAUGGUUCAUUUUCUUACACACUAUGAUGACAAGAUUGAAUCCAUUCAUUUUUCAGACCAGUUCUCUGGUCCAAAAAUUAUGCAAGAGGAAGGUCAGCCUUUAAAGCUUCCGGACACUAAGAGGACACUAUUGUUUACAUUUAAUGUGCCUGGCUCAGGUAACACUUACCCAAAGGAUAUGGAGGCUUUACUACCCCUGAUGAACAUGGUGAUUUACUCUAUUGAUAAAGCCAAAAAGUUCCGACUCAACAGAGAAGGCAAGCAAAAAGCUGACAAGAACCGCGCUCGAGUAGAAGAGAACUUCUUGAAGCUGACUCAUGUGCAGAGGCAGGAAGCUGCACAGUCUCGACGUGAGGAAAAGAAAAGAGCCGAGAAGGAGCGGAUCAUGAACGAGGAAGAUCCUGAGAAACAGCGCAGGCUGGAGGAAGCUGCUUUGAGGCGUGAACAAAAGAAGUUGGAGAAGAAGCAAAUGAAAAUGAAGCAAAUCAAAGUGAAAGCCAUGUAA